AUGCAAGAGAUUAAAUCUGUAUUGCUUGUCGGCGGGGCCGGCUUUCUUGGUCUGCAUUUGAUUGAGAAGUUUUACUCCUUAUCACCUCGGCCAGACAUACAUGUCUUUGACAUCAGACCGCUACCGGAAAAACUAUCCAAACACUUUACAUUCAAACCAGAAAGCAUCAAAUCUCACAUUGGUGAUCUCACAUCUGAGGCGGAUGUAACAAAAGCUCUUCGUGACAGUAAGGCUGAUGUUGUCGUCCAUGCUGCUUCUCCCAUGCAUGGAUGUAGUCAAGAAAUCUAUGACAAAGUAAACGUCGAAGGAACAAGAAAUCUUCUGGACGUUUCAAAGAAGUUGCAAGUAAAGGCGUUUGUAUACACAUCCUCAGCAGGCGUUAUAUUCAAUGGACAGGACAUUCAUAAUGCAGACGAGACAUGGCCCAUUCCCGCAGUUCCUAUGGAUGGUUACAAUGAAACUAAGGCAAUUGCUGAAGGUAUGGUACUCAAAGCUAACAGUCUCAGCGAAAACUUUGUUACCAUUGCAUUAAGACCAGCAGGGAUCUUUGGGCCUGGUGACCGCCAACUAGUACCAGGCUUGCGAAAUGUAGCAAAGAUGGGACAAUCGAAAUUCCAAAUAGGCGAUAACAAUAAUUUGUUUGAUUGGACGUACGUGGGAAAUGUUGCGGAUGCGCACGUUCUUGCUGCUGAGAAGCUUUUAAACAGCUCUUCACGUUCUUUAGUUGCGGGUGAGACAUUUUUUAUCACUAACGACUCUCCAGCUUACUUCUGGGCUUUGGCCAGGACAGUUUGGAGAGCGGAUGGCCAUGUCGACAAGUAUAACAUUGUUCUUAACCGACCUGUUGCAAUUUGUGCUGGUUAUCUGUCUCAAUUUUUCUCCAAGCUAACCGGCAAAGAACCUGGCCUGACACCAUUCAGGGUUAAAAUUGUGUGCGCCUUUAGAUACCACAAUAUCGACAAAGCCAAGAGACUUCUUGAAUACAAGCCAAAUGUGGAUAUUGAAGAAGGAAUUGGUCUAACCCUUGCGUGGAUGGAUGAGACUUCUUAG